CGCGGUCGUCUCAUCGUCUGACAGCUGGCUCAGACAGGAGUUGUGUCGGCCAGCAGAGAGGACUGUUGAUGGACCAGAUUUCCUUCCCCAGGAUAUUUUACCGAAGCGGUUGAGAGCACCGGACCGAACCAGAAGCUGUACCGCCCCGGUCCGGCCAUGGACGAGCAGGCGGGCCCCGGCGUCUUCUUCAACAACAACAACAACUCGGGUUUGCCCGGCGCUGGGAAUAUUAAAGCUCCGCAGACUGGCGAAGUCGGGGGCGGAGAGGCGGCCAGGGCUCAGUACAACAUCCCGGGGAUUUUACACUUUCUCCAGCAUGAGUGGGCCCGCUUCGAGGUGGAGAGGUCACACUGGGAGGUCGAGCGGGCCGAGCUGCAGGCUCAGAUCGCCUUCCUGCAGGGGGAGAGGCGAGGUCAGGAGAACCUGAAGAAAGACCUGGUGAGGCGGAUCAAGAUGCUGGAGUACGCUCUCAAACAAGAGAGGGCAAAAUACCAUAAGCUGAAAUAUGGAACAGAACUGAACCAGGGAGAGAUCAAACCUCCGAGUUAUGAUUCAGAUGAGGGGAAUGACAGUGAGGCUCCCAGUCCUCCGAACAGCAGCCAUCAGCUCAGCUGGAAACAAGGACGCCAGCUGCUCAGACAAUACCUGCAGGAGGUCGGAUACACAGACACCAUCCUGGAUGUGAAGUCUCAGAGAGUGAGAGCGCUGCUCGGUCUGACCGGAGACUCAGGAGAGAAACCCUCAGAGAAGAAAGUCGAACCGAUGGUCAACGGCACCGAACCGUCCUCCCUGAAGGACAGCGGCAUGGUCAGUAAACCCGACAUGUCCGACUCAGCCACCGUGUUGGAGGCCUUCAAGUUCAUUGAGAGCGCUGCAGCAGAAUUCAGCGACGAGGACGAGGACGAGGACAGUGAAGGACGGGAUAAGACCAUCUUAGACCUGGCUACAAUGGUGAGGAAGAAACAGUCGUCUACACCUUCGUCCACAACCUCUGACCUCAGCGACGACCCCGACACAGAGGAGGCUCUGAAGGGUUUUGAUUUCUUGGCGAGUCCAGACGAGUUGGACGGAUCUCCGGAGUCCAGGAGCGGGGAGGACAGCGGAGAGUGGGAGAAGGAAGAGCAGUCUCCUCUGGGUGAACUGGCCUGGGACGUGGACCAGGGACUGAUAGCCCAGCUCAAGGAGCAGUACAGGAAGGAACGCAAGGGCAAGAAGGGGGUAAAGAGACCAAACCGGUCUAAGCUCCAGGACAUGCUGGCUAACCUGCGGGAUGCUGAGGAGAUUCCCUCCCUGCAGCCUCCUGUGACACCCCCCUCCCGCCCCGCUGUACCCAGACUCAAUGAGCACGAAUUGGGACGCCCAGAAGAAGAGGCAAUGACCUUCCUGCCAUCGUCUGGGAAGUCGUUCAUACUGGGCAGAGUGGACGAGGCGGUUUCUAACGAGCUGGGACUGGGAGAACUGGCAGGACUGACGGUCGCCAACGAGGCUGAAACCCUGGCGUAUGACAUCACCAACAACAAAGACGCUCUGAGGAAGACCUGGAACCCAAAGUUCACCCUGCGGAGCCACUUUGACUCGGUGCGGAGUCUGGCCUUCCACCCGGUGGAGCCCGUCCUGGUCACCGCCUCCGAAGAUCACACCCUCAAACUGUGGAACCUCCAGAAGACGGCGCCCGCCAAGAAAUGUGCUGCUUUAGACGUGGAGCCCAUCUACACAUUCAGAGCUCACAGCGGCGCUGUGCUGUGCGUCACCAUGAGCUCCAGCGGUGAGCAGUGCUUCAGUGGCGGCGUGGACGGCACCAUCCAGAGCUGGAACACCCCCAACCCCAACAUCGACCCCUACGACUCAUAUGAACCCUCUGUCCUGCGGGGGGCGCUGUUAGGUCACACAGACUCAGUGUGGGGUCUGGUCUACAGCUCGGCCCACCAGCGCCUCCUCUCCUGCUCGGCUGAUGGGACGGUCCGGCUGUGGAACGCUGCCGACACCUCGCCAUCUCUCGCUGUCUUUAACGAGAGAGGAGAGCUGGGAGUGCCGACCUCGGUGGACCUGGUGAGCAGCGAGCCGGCUCACAUGGUGACAUCUUUCACCACCGGGCACAUCGGACUCUUCAACAUGGAGACGCAGCAGCUCGUCCUGAAGCUGGAGUCCGCCGGGCCGCCAGAAGCUCCCUGCAAGAUCAACAAAGUGCUGAGUCAUCCCACGCUGCCAAUCACCAUCACAGCUCAGGAGGACCGGCACAUCCAGUUCUUCGAUAAUAACACAGGUAAACUGAUCCACUCGAUGGUCGCUCACCUGGACUCUGUCACGAGUCUCGCUGUGGAUCCAAAUGGACUGUACCUCAUGUCUGGAAGUCACGACUGCUCGAUCCGUUUGUGGAACAUGGAGAGCAAGACGUGCAUCCAGGAGUUCACCGCUCACCGCAAGAAGUUCGAGGAGUCGAUCCACGACGUGGCAUUCCACCCUACUAAGUGCUACAUCGGCAGCGCCGGGGCCGACGCGCUCGCCAAGGUGUUUGUAUGACCUGACACCAGCUGAGUGUGGAGCUCAGAGGACGGGUGGAGCGUCACAGAGAUGGAGGAGGGUGGAGUUGGUCUCCACUGUUGAGUUUGGAUGAGGAAGCAGAAAACUGAAGGUGACAAUAGCCGGACUGCUCCUUUAAGAUCUGUCAAAUAUCCCCCCCCACCCCCC